UCUCUCUCUGUAUUUUUCAUCAUAUCUACCCUUUAUCUCUCUAGAAACCUUCAGUCUGCUUAUUUUCUUCUCUUUUCCUCUCUCCGUUUCUGUAUAUUCUCAGAAGAAUUCCAAUCUUUUCUUUUCAAGUCUUGAAAGCCGAUAAAGUUAGAGAGAGAGAAACACCCCACACAGCAAUUAUUCACUUUUCUUUAUAGUACCCACCCUUCUUUCCCUCUGUCCCUGUAUUGCCAGCUUUGCGUGCCAUCCUCUUACUCUCUCUCUCUCUAAACCUCGAUUCACCAUCUUCUUCAGGGAAGAGAGGAUAGAGAUCUCAGGAGUGGUCUCCGGUUGUUGAUCUCUGCUAUUUCACGUGUGAUUCAGUGCGUUCUUUUUCGAACUCAGAGUGGCUGACGCAUCAUUGUUUGGGAUGCAAAAGUGAUUCGGAUCUGAAUAUGACGGAGAAAAUCUUUGUGUUGACCUAUGUUAUGUGAUAUUCAAGUGGACUUAUUGGGUUUUGAUUUUGUGAUGAUACUUGAGAUCAGUAGUUUGAGUUAUACCAUGACAAAACAAGCAUUGCUGAAUCUGAAAGCGAUUGGAUCUUUGUCUUAGGCAGUCUUCUUCUGCUGUAUAGCCAGUUCUGGAAUUCUCAGAUUACAGAUUGCGAAGAUUGAAAGCUCUUGUUUUAUCUGCACUGUUGUUGAAACAAACAAUAAUCCAAAAGGAUUACAAAUAUGUCUAGCUCUGCAAAGACUUUGGAACCUGCAUUUCAGGGAGCUGGUCAGAGAGUAGGGACUGAAAUUUGGAGAAUUGAGAACUUCCAGCCAGUUCCUUUACCAAAAUCUGAUUAUGGUAAAUUCUACUCUGGUGAUUCAUACAUUGUCUUGCAGACAACUCCUGGAAAAGGAGGUGCUUAUUUUUAUGACAUAUACUUCUGGCUCGGAAAAGAUACAAGCCAGGAUGAAGCUGGAACAGCAGCCAUUAAAUCUAUUGAGCUUGAUGUAGUUCUUGGUGGGCGUGCUGUACAACACAGAGAGCUCCAAGGUCAUGAAUCUGACAAGUUUCUCUCUUUCUUCAAACCUUGUAUUAUACCUUUGGAGGGUGGCUUUGCAUCUGGAUUUAAGAAACCUGAAGAGGAAAAGUUUGAAACACGGCUGUACAUUUGUAAAGGAAAACGAGUUGUCAAACUAAAGCAGGUUCCUUUUUCUCGUUCCUCACUCAACCAUGAUGAUGUGUUUAUCUUGGACACAAAAGAUAAGAUAUUUCAAUUCAAUGGUGCAAACUCCAAUAUUCAGGAAAGGGCCAAGGCACUGGAAGUAAUCCAAUUUUUGAAAGACAAGCAUCAUGAAGGGAAAUGUGAUGUUGCAAUUGUUGAUGAUGGGAAGCUACAAACUGAGUCAGAUUCUGGUGAAUUCUGGGUCAUCUUUGGCGGGUUUGCCCCAAUUAGCAAAAAGGUUGCUAGUGAAGAUGAUGUUAUUCCAGAGAAGACUCCUCCUAAACUCUAUAGCAUCAUUGAUGGCCAGGUUAAGCCUGUAGAUGGUGAACUUUCCAAAUCUAUCAUGGAAAAUAAUAAAUGCUAUUUAUUAGACUGUGGGGCAGAGGUAUUCAUUUGGAUUGGUCGGGUAACACAAGUGGAGGACAGGAAAUCUGCCAGCCAAGCUGCUGAGGAAUUUGUCAGUGGCCAAAAUAGGCCAAAGUCAACACAUAUUACUCGGAUUAUUCAAGGUUAUGAGACAUAUUCAUUCAAAUCCAACUUUGAUAUGUGGCCAUCAGGAUCAGCACCUUCAACUGGUGAGGAGGGAAGAGGAAAAGUAGCAGCUUUGCUGAAGCAACAAGGUGUUGGCAUAAAAGGAAUGACUAAAGCUGCACCUGUAAAUGAGGAAGUCCCACCUUUGCUUGAAGGUGGUGGAAAAAUUGAGGUAUGGCGCAUUAAUGGCAGUGCCAAGACUCCAGUGCCCAAGGAGGACAUAGGUAAAUUUUACAGUGGAGAUUGCUACAUUGUUCUCUACACCUACCAUUCUGGUGAUAAGAAAGAAGAUUACUACUUGUGCUGUUGGAUAGGGAAGGAUAGCAUUGAGGAUGAUCAAAAGAUGGCUGAUCGUUUAGCAACUACCAUGUUCAACUCACUAAAAGGGAGACCUGUGCAGGGUCGCAUAUUUCAAGGGAAAGAGCCACCACAAUUUAUUGCCAUCUUUCAGCCAAUGGUGAUUCUUAAGGGUGGAAUGAGCUCUGGUUACAAAAACUACAUUGCAGACAAAGGUUUAAAUGAUGAAACUUACACCAGUGACUGCAUUGCGCUCAUCCGCAUUUCUAGAACCUCUGUGCAUAACAAUAAAGCUGUGCAAGUUGAUGCUGCUGCAACAUCAUUGAACUCCAAUGAGUGUUUCCUUCUGCAAUCUGGCUCUUCAAUAUUCAUUUGGCAUGGAAAUCAGAGCACUUUUGAACAGCAGCAGUUAGCUGCAAAAGUUGCAGAUUUUCUAAAGCCAGGUGUAGCUGUUAAGUAUGCUAAAGAAGGAACUGAGAACUCAUCCUUCUGGUUCCCUCUUGGAGGAAAACAAAAUUACACCAGCAAAAGAGUAGCGCAGGAGAUUGUCAGAGAUCCCCGCUUGUUCACAUUCUCAUUCAGUAAAGAAGGAAAGUUUGAGGUUGAAGAGGUUUAUAAUUUCUCUCAAGAUGACCUGUUGACUGAAGAUAUUUUGAUACUUGACACACAUGCAGAAGUAUUUGUUUGGGUUGGUCAGUCUGUGGACUCCAGAGAGAAGCAAAAUGCUUUUGAAGUUGGACAGAAAUACAUAGAUCUUGCUGCAUCUUUGGAGGGGUUGUCUCCAUAUGUGCCACUUUACAGACUCACAGAAGGCAAUGAACCAUGCUUCUUCACUACAUAUUUUUCCUGGGAUCCUGUGAAAGCUACUGCUAACGGGAACUCAUUUCAGAAGAAGGUUAUGCUGCUUUUUGGCGCAGGUCAUGUUGUGGAGAGUCAGGAUAAGUCCAAUGGGUCAAAUCAGGGUGGACCAACUCAAAGAGCUUCAGCCUUAGCUGCCUUGUCUUCUGCAUUUAAUCCUUCCUCUGGCACAAAGAGCACUGCAUCUCCAAGGCUGUCAGGCAGGGGUCAAGGAUCACAACGAGCAGCUGCAGUAGCUGCUCUGUCACAAGUUCUUACUGCUGAAAAGAAGGGAUCACCUGAUAACUCUCCUGCUCAACCCACUAGAAGUCCACCACCAGAAGCAAGUCCUCCAGCUGGAACAAGAAGCCAAAAUGCCCUUUACGAAGGUGAGGAUUCUAAAGAAGUUUCCGAAGAUAAGGAGACAGGGGUAACUGAUCCUGUAAUGGAGAGCAAUGGGGAUAAUUCAGCGUCAAAUCAAGAGGCUGAGCUGGAUGUGAAUGGCAGUGGAACUACCCAAAGUACAUUUAGUUAUGAGCGGCUGAAGGCUCAUUCCAGCAACCCUGUUACUGGAAUAGAUUUUAAACGAAGAGAGGCUUAUCUAUCUGAUGAAGAAUUCCAGGCUGUACUCGGAAUGACAAAAGAAGCAUUCUAUAAAUUACCUAAAUGGAAGCAAGACAUGCAGAAGAGGAAACAUGAUCUCUUCUAGAAAUGGAUUUCUUCAAAGUGAAGUGAUAUAUCUUUCUUUUGCACCUUCACUUGCAAUCUCCCUCGUUUGUCGGAAUCUCUUCUCUGUUCGGCAAGGUGGUCUGAAUUUGGAACUUGCCCUUGGCCUAUGACCUUAGUUCUCAGUGAUGGUAUUGAUUUUGUGAUGCCUGCAUGAAGAGUGAGUUUUUUUGUCCCAUCUCUUUUAACUGCUGCUGCAUUUGUUAUGAUCCCAGAUUGUAGUUGGAGUACAGCAGGCAGGUGAAAUUCUUUUAUUAGGUUGGUAUGGUAUGUAUCUCUGGUUGUGGCUUUUGGAGUCCCUUUUUCUUGCUUGCCAUUUGUUUGUCAAAGGAAGGGUGUAUAUUUAUUUUGUAUUUGUACUACUCCCAUUUAAGGAAUGCUCAGUUUUGCUGCCAUCGAAUGUUUUUAAACUUCCCUUGUCAAAA